AAAUUUUUCAUUCCAAGAACAACUUUGAAACCGUUAACUCUACUGAAAUCGUAAGCAAUGGCUCGUACCAAGCAGACCGCUCGUAAAUCCACCGGAGGAAAGGCUCCUCGCAAACAGUUGGCCACUAAAGCUGCUCGUAAAAGUGCUCCAGCUACCGGAGGAGUCAAGAAGCCACAUCGUUAUCGGCCAGGAACCGUCGCUCUGCGUGAAAUUCGUCGGUACCAAAAGUCGACUGAAUUGUUGAUCCGUAAGCUUCCAUUCCAACGUUUGGUUCGUGAGAUUGCUCAGGAUUUUAAGACCGAUCUUCGCUUCCAGAGCUCGGCUGUUAUGGCUCUGCAGGAAGCAAGUGAAGCUUAUCUGGUCGGAUUAUUCGAAGAUACCAAUCUGUGUGCCAUUCAUGCCAAACGAGUGACCAUUAUGCCGAAAGACAUCCAAUUGGCUCGUCGUAUUCGUGGAGAACGCGCCUAAAGCCGGGUUCAGACGGUGCGAGUAAGCAUACGAGUCGGUCUAGUCAGUUACUGCAGUGCAGCUACUCACACCGUGUGAACACAUCAUGCCAGUUAUUGUCAUGUGUGAUCCGGCGUGCGAGCUACUUCAAAGUUUUUUGAAUUUACUCGCACUUGCAUGCUUCACAACGUCAAAAACAGAAUUUAGCGUUCGAAUCAGUGAUGCCAAAUGUAAUGAAAUGUCUCUAUUUUUAAGAUAUUUGAAAAUAUGUGAAGAUAUUUAUAGACUUGAAAAUUAUUGGAAAAACAAAUAAAACCCUCAUAGUUUCUAAACGAAAUAAUUGUUAUUUCGUUUUGCACGCUGGCGGGGCACGCUUUCUUUUUGAGAUAGUUUUCUUGAGAAUCUCUAAUAUAGAAUCAUUAUCAGAUCACAACUUACAAAAAAAAGUAUUGUUCUAAGAAACAGAAUACAUAUUCGAUUUAAAAAAGUACAUUUUCAUUCAUUAUUA